AUGCAUUCCAAGCGUAGCUUAAUGCAGCUUAUUGCACUCUUUGACCCUUUAAAAGCCGGUUCCCCCGCGGCAUUCCUCAGCCUCGACCGUGGUACUCUCACUCUGGGGAAUAUUGAGGCCAUUAUGACACCGGCUACGAUUCUGCUCACAGUCCCGCUCGGGUUGUUCCUGAUAUACUUUCUCAAACAAUCGUUUACGAAACGAACAACGGCCCCUCUGCCUCCAGGCCCACCCCCGAAACCGCUUAUCGGCAACUUGCGUGAUCUCCCGUCGCCGGAUCAGCAGAGCUGGGCGCACUGGCUGAAGCACAAGGAUCUCUAUGGUCCAAUAAGCUCCCUAACAGUCUUCGGCCAAACAAUCGUCAUCAUCAACGAAGCCCGCAUCGCAUUCGACCUGCUCGAGAAGCGCUCGACCAUCUACUCUUCACGACCGAGGAUGGUCUUUGCCGGUGAAAUGUAUUCCUUUACUCAAGCCAGGCCAUUCCGAAACUCCAGCUUAUUCUCUGUUCUUAGGAUCGGAUGGGAACACUCCCUCGCAAUGCAGCCGUACUCCGACACAUUCCGCGCCUACCGCAAAGCCAUGCACCGCGUGCUCGGGACCAAGAAUGCAAUUUCUCAAUUCGACCAGCUUCAGGAAGUCGAGGUUCGACGGCUUCUGUUACGUAUCCUCAAGAAGCCGGAUAACCUGGUGCAUCAUAUUAGAACAGCAACCGGCGCCGUGAUUCUAAAGAUCGCAUACGGGUAUGACAUCGCGCCACAUGGCGAUGAUCCCCUCGUCGCCCUUGCAAACAAAACAUUGGAUCAGUUCUCGCUGGCUGCGACGCCAGGCGCUUGGAUCGUGGAUACCAUACCGGCCUUGAGAUACCUCCCAAGCUGGAUCCCCGGCGCCGGAUUCCAACGCACAGCGGAAACGAUGAGAGAUACUCUUCGAGUUGCAGUGGAGAAGCCCUACCGAUUUGUCUUGAAGCAGAUGGAGUCGGGGCGCUACUCGCAUUCGUAUUUGUCAAAUCUCCUCUCAGAGACAAAGGAGGGAAGUCAAAGCGCAGAAGAAGAGCAGGUCAAUAAGUGGACCGCUACAUCGAUAUACACGGGGGGCGCAGAUACAACCGUCUCCGCCCUAUCAACCUUCUUCCUCGCAAUGGCGCUCCAUCCACACGUGCAACAAAAAGCCCAAGCCGAACUCGACGCCGUCCUGAGCCCACACAACCUCCCCUCCCUAACCGAUCGCCCUCGUCUCCCCUACAUCGAGGCAGUCGCCAAAGAGACGCUGCGCUGGCACCCCGUCGGCCCAAUGGGCAUCCCACACACCUGCACAGAAGACAACAUCUACAACAACUAUCUCAUCCCGCAAGGCGCACUCGUCAUGCCGAAUAUCUGGGCCUUUACACAUGAUCCUGCCGUCUACAGGGACGCGUCCGCCUUCAACCCAUCGCGCUUCCUUGGGCCGACGCCGGAGGCUGAUCCAGCGAAUCUGGCGUUCGGCUUUGGACGGCGGAUCUGUCCCGGGCGACUACUGGCUGACUCGUCGUUGUUUCUGGCGAUUGCGCAGGUGUUGGCGGUGUUUGAGAUUCGGAUUGCCAGCGAGGCGAGUGCGAAGACGGAGUUUUUGCCUGGGGUUAUUAGCCAUCCGGUUUUGGGGGGCUUGGAUGUUAGGCCGAGGAGUUGGGGGCAUGAGGAGUUGGUUAGGGGCGUUGAGGUGGACUAUCCGUUUGGGGUGGGGAGUGUGGGUGAGCUUGAGGGGAUUGUUAUAUAG